GGCAGGCAAUCAGAGAGUUACCCAGCGGUGAAAGAAUAGCGGGUAUAGGUACGCCUUCGCACUGUACGAAGACGCUCAAAUCUUCUUAUCGGUUCUUCCAUUUUCUCGUUUACGGUAACUUUAUCAGUUAUCACUGUCUUGGCCACCGUUUGCCACCGGAAGCCAUUUUCAUUGUAACAGAAGUUAAUUUCCCCGAUCUGAUUUACAUAUUAAGUUUUAUAGAGAUUCAUGAAUUCUUUUUUUGGAAACAACACCGGUUUGCAUGGAUGAGAAGUAGAAGAUCAAGCUUUUGAGUAGUCCUGUAGAAGAAAUUGAUAAGAUCUUUCAACUAUAGCGACGAUCAAUCGGCAUUUUUAUCUGCAAUGGAUAAGUCCAGCGCAUUGGAGUACAUCAAUCAGAUGUUCCCUACGGAGGCAUCUUUAUCUGGUGUUGAGCCUCUUAUGCAAAAGAUCCACAAUGAGAUACGCCGUGUUGAUGCUGGAAUACUAGCUGCUGUGCGCCAACAGAGCAACUCUAGAACCAAGGCCAAGGAAGAUCUUGCUGCUGCUACACGUGCUGUAGAGGAACUUAUGUAUAAGAUACGAGAGAUAAAAACGAAAGCUGAGCAAAGUGAGACAAUGGUUAAGGAAAUAUGCCGAGACAUUAAGAAAUUAGACUUUGCAAAGAAGCAUAUAACAACUACUAUUACUGCUCUUCAUCGUCUUACCAUGUUGGUGUCGGCUGUUGAACAGCUUCAGUUAAUGGCUUCUAAACGGCAAUAUAAGGAGGCAGCUGCUCAGUUAGAGGCAGUAAACCAAUUAUGUAGUCAUUUUGAAGCCUACAGGGAUAUACCAAAGAUUACAGAGCUCAGAGAGAAGUUUAAAAAUAUCAAACAAAUACUCAAGUCUCAUGUGUUUUCGGAUUUUGCAAGCUUAGGUACUGGGAAAGAAACGGAAGAAACUAACUUACUGCAGCACUUAUCUGAUGCAUGCUUGGUUGUUGAUGCUUUGGAGCCAUCUGUGAGGGAAGAGUUGGUAAAUAAUUUUUGCAGCAGGGAGCUUACUUCAUAUGAACAAAUCUUCGAAGGAGCCGAGCUAGCUAAGCUGGACAAAACUGAACGGAGAUAUGCAUGGAUCAAGCGUCGAAUAAGAACAAAUGAGGAGAUAUGGAAGAUCUUUCCUCCUUCAUGGCAUGUUCCUUAUCGGCUUUGUAUCCAGUUCUGUAAGAAGACAAGGAAACAAUUAGAGGGAAUACUUGAUAAUAUCAAAGAGAAGCCAGAUGUUGGAACACUCUUGUUGGCACUACAACGAACUUUAGAAUUUGAGGAUGAAUUGGCAGAAAAAUUUGGAGGCGGCGCUAGCAGUCGAGAGAUUGGAAAUGAGAUUGAAGAAAUUGGUAGGGACAGCAAUAGUCAAAGUGUGUCUGAUAUUAGAAAGAAGUAUGAAAGAAAGCUUGUUGCUAAUCAAAGAAGUGAGGCUGAAGAGAAGGAUGGAAGUAAAGAUUUAUCAGUUCCAGGAGCUGGGUUCAACUUCCGUGGAAUUAUUUCAUCUUGCUUUGAGCCACAUUUGACAAUUUAUGUAGAACUAGAACAGAAGACUCUGAUGGAGAAUCUGGAAAAACUUGUUCAGGAGGAAACAUGGGAUAUAGAGGAGGGCAGUCAGAAUAAUGUUCUAUCCAGUAGCAUGCAGUUGUUUCUUAUAAUCAAGAGGAGCUUAAAGCGGUGCAGUGCUCUGACAAAGAACCAGACACUGUUUAAUUUGUUUAAGGUAUUUGAAAGAAUUCUCAAAGCAUAUGUUGCCAAGCUUAAGGCAAGACUACCAAAAGGUGGUGUGGGUAUUGUUGCAGCUGCCACUGGCAUGGAUGGACAAAUAAAGAUGUCCGAUAGAGAUGAGAGGGUGAUUUGCUAUAUUGUCAAUUCAGCUGAAUAUUGUAGGAAAACGUCAGGUGAACUUGCUGAAAGUGUAUCCAAAAUAAUUGAUCCUCAAUUAGCAGCAGGGGUGGAUAUGUCAGCAGUUGAGGAGGAGUUUUCAGGGCUUAUUACUGAAGCAUUAAUGACUCUAGUGCAUGGCCUCGAAACUAAAUUUGAUUCAGAAAUGGCUGCAAUGACACGUGUUCCAUGGGGUACACUUGAAAGUGUUGGUGACCAAUCAGAGUAUGUCAAUGGCAUAAAUAUGAUCCUUACAAGUAGCAUUCCUGUACUUGGAAGCCUUCUAUCUCCAAUUCACUUCCAAUACUUUUUGGACAAGCUGGCAUCAUCUCUUGGUCCACGGUUUUAUGCCAACAUUUUCAAAUGCAAACAGAUAUCAGAAACUGGAGCCCAACAAAUGCUUUUAGAUACUCAAGCUGUAAAGACUAUUCUUCUGGAGAUUCCUUCUCUUGGUCGACAGACAUCAACUGCUGCUAGCUAUUCAAAGUUUGUGAGCCGUGAAAUGAGUAAAGCAGAAGCACUUCUGAAGGUUAUACUCUCCCCAGUUGACUCUGUGGCAGAUACUUAUAGAGCAUUGCUACCUGAGGGAACACCAAUGGAGUUUCAGCGCAUUCUGGAGCUUAAGGUUUUGCUUCUUCUCUUUUUCUUUCUCUGUUAUCUAGAGACUUUUCCUAACAAGUCAUUUUCUGUUAGUUAAGCAUUUAGAAUUAGC